CAUCCCACACGGCAGAACGUUCAACCUUUCCCAAGGUCUGUUGGCAUACUUGGCACAGUUGUAGUUGCUACACCAUAUUUUUCUGCGUCGUCGUCUUCUUUGGUUGAAGACGGCCUGUGGGGAGUCUCGGGUGACUGAACUGUGCGGAUGGGGUACUAGUACGUAAUGUUAUUCAGCACCAUUGUAGCACAGAUAUCGGUGGUGCUUGUUUCACAACUUUGUUAGGAGAAAUCUUAUCACAACUGAGGAAACGGUAGAAUCCAACCAAAGGGGAAGGGAACCCUAAAUAUCAGUGAAUGUUCUCUGUGCGUGCAGGCCAGCAGUAUUCUGUCUUGCUGAAUCUUUAGGCCUAUCUACGCUGCUGUGUGAGAGACUCGGGCCUAGUGGUGGUUGACGCAGGUGGUUGCCAAGAUGCAGUACUACGCGUGUCCGCGGGGCGCGCUUCUCUGGGUGUGUGCCGUGCUGUUGAGCGGAAGCUGGGAGGUAUUAGCAGGUGGCUGUAACCUGAGCCCCUGCCGCCAUGGUGGCACCUGCGUCAGUCUGGAGGGUGCGCAUGCCUACCGGUGUGAAUGCCCAGCGGAGUAUGUGGGACAACACUGUGACUUUCUCCUUGCUGGUUGUGGGCACCAGGUUGGCCUGGCGGAUGGAUUUAUCACGGAUAGCCAGUUGUCCGUCUCCUCGGCGCUGGACAAGAACGACCCGCAAGGUGGCGCUGGGAGACUGCACGGAGUUGUUCCGUGGAGACCAUCCGCAGACGACAGCCAUCCCUGGAUACAGGUUGACCUUAACGUGACCUCCACAGUCGUGGGUGUCAUCACGGAGGGCAUUAGACAGCAGGGGUCGGCGUAUUACGUCACGAGUUUCACCGUCAGCUCCAGUCUGGACGGAGUCAAAUGGUCCCCGUACACAGACCCGGCUUCGUACAGGGAUAUCCAAUUUCCCGUGAACAGCGUCAAGGCGACCACUACCCGUUUUGAGUCUGCGCUGACCGCGCGGUUCUUCCGACUGUACCCGACCAACUCCACCGUGCCGGACGACAUACGGCUCAAGUUGGACCUCCUCACGUGUAAAGACGACUGUUCCCACCUGCGGACGCCAUGUCUACAGAACAGCACCUGUACCAACGACCAAGGUGUGCACGACUUCACCUGCACCUGUCAGGACGGUUUCCAUGGAGACAGGUGUGGACAGAUGGAUGAAUACCGUACCUGCCCGGUACCUCUCGGUCUGGGCAUGGACAUCUUGGAGAUCUCGGACGAUCAGCUCUCCGCCUCGAGCCAGAAGAACGCCGCGGUGGGGCCGGGCAUGGCCCGCCUCGACUUCCGCAAGGGAGGCUGGCGCCCCGACCUCACAGACUCCCAGCCAUGGAUACAGGUGGAUCUUCUCCGUCCAACACUGGUGACAGGAGUAGUGACCCAGGGCCGCACGGGAAUAUGGGUAGAGACGUACAAGAUAGGCUACAGUGACGUCACGGAUGGCGGCUCUUUUGCCAUCUACAAGAACCCGGAUGGAAGUGACAAGGUAUUUGAGGGAAAUCUGAAUGACGGCGACACGAUGCGGAAUGACGUCAGCCCGCCCAUCCGUGCCCGCUACAUCCGGGUCAUCCCGCACUCCUGGAGCCCGCCUGGGAUCAAGUUACGUCUGGAGCUGCUCACCUGCGACUACAGUUACUGCAGUACUGCCAUGGGAGUGCAGAGCGGCGCUGUUACAGACGACCAGAUGUCGGCCUCUAGUUUUAAAGCCGGCUACCAGCCCUGGAGAGCGAGGCUAAACGGCACGAGGGCCUGGCAGAUGGACCCGGAAGACCGCGGGCAGUGGCUGCAGAUAGACCUGCUGCGAGACGUGCUGGUGACCGGGGUGCAGACGCAGGGGCUGAAGGGCGGGAAUGUGGAGUCCUACCGGCUGAUGUACUCAGGCGACGGCACGACGUUUGUGACAUACAAGAACAGCACCGGACAGGACAUGAUCUUUGACGGGCACACUGACGGAGACACCGUGGUGACACACGAACUGAGCCGGCCUGUAGUAGCUCGGUACCUACGGUUCAACCCACACACAUGGAAGGCCCGGUACCCUCGGAUGAGGGUCGAAGUACUGGGCUGCAACGAAAUUCCAUUGAGUCCGCCGAGCAACGUUAACGCGACGGCCGCUCCAGCUGCCGUGUCGGUGACGAGUGCCGCAUCACCCCUCACCGCUUCCAGCGAGCCGCCGAACACUGCCGCCCUGACAAUACCAGCAAGGGGGUCAUCACCGUCUUUAGCAGUGACGUCGUCUACAGGAAAAACUACAGAACAAAUUGCGAUCGGGUCCAGUACAGCCAUGACAGAGGCUCCCUCUACUACUGCAGUUCCGUGGCCAACGCCAAGUUGGACAGUACCCUCUAUCCCAGUUGAAGCCUGUAACCAGCCACUCGGGCUGGUGAGCGGCGCUAUUGCAGACGGCCAGCUGACGGCGUCCUCUGCGCAGCCUGGGUACGAGGCUUUUAAGGCGCGGAUCAACGGUACCCGAUCUUGGCACAUGGCGCAGCUAGACACGCAGCAAUGGCUACAGGUGGAUCUGGGCCAGCUGAAGAUCGUGACAGGUAUCCAGACCCAGGGGAAGUGGGGAGGGCACGUCAAGUCCUACAGGCUGCUGUUCCACGGACAGGACAUGACGGGGAACUGGACAGUGUACACACAACCCGGAGGGGGGCAGGUUCUGGAAGGCAACUCAGACGGUGAUUCUAUCGUCCAACACGACCUGCACGUUCCCAUGGUAACCAGGUACCUGCGCGUCAACCCGGUCACGUGGCCAGGCGUGCUGCCCCGUCUGCGAAUGGAAGUUCUAGGGUGUAACAUCUAUCCCGACUGUUACCACGCCAUGGGGAUGGAAGAUGGCGGCAUCACAGACGGCCAGGUGACGGCGUCAUCAGCGGUCCCUGGGCACGAGGCGUGGCGGGCCCGGCUGCACGGCCCCGCGCCCGGGGCGUGGCUGCCCAACGCUGGGGACGAGAAGCCGUGGCUACAGAUCGACCUGCUGCAGCCUACAGUGGUGACCGGGCUGGAGACACAGCCUCUCUGGGACGGGCCCACCAACUACCUGCCGACGACUGAGUACCGAAUUUACUGGUACCGGAAAUUCCAGCUGUUCUACUCGGACGACAGCAAUCAGUGGACGGUGUACAGCGACUCCAGUAGGACGGUGUCCGACGGAAGUCCCGGUACCGGGUACGUGAUGAGACAUACCCUAGCCACGCCGGUUGUGACGCGGUAUCUGCGGUUUCAGCCCCUGAAGUUCCCGGGCGCCCCGCAGGCACUCAGGCUGGAGGUGCUGGGCUGCACAGGUGGCUGGAAGCCAACCCCGUUGCCAUUGGUCACCACGGAGUCCCACGUAACUCCAGCCCAACUCCCACAGUCUACUGCCGUUUCUCCGUUCCAGUCAACAACAUCCAGACUCCCGCACACAACUACAACAGCCAGACCGGUAAUAUCCACAACAACACCAGUCAGGAAGACAGUACCACAGUCAACAACAACCAAACAUGAUAUCAUACACACCACAGAACAGCAGACAGCUCUACCUACAGACAGAACCACGGCAUUGCCACCUGAAGAAAAGUCUUCACUCCGCUCAACCUCUACUACUCGACUACUGACGACACCAGCACAAACCGUGGCAAGAUCUACGACUAAACAACCUUUGACGGAAUCUACCACAGUUAGAGUCACUAAUUCCCGGACUACAGGGGAAUCAAGGUCAAGUACUGCUUCGACACCAGCUCAAACUAUUGCAUGGUCUACGGCUAUGAAAUCUUUGGCGGAAUCUACCACACUGAGAGUCAGUAGUUCUCAAACUAUAGGAGACUCAAGCCCAAGCACAGCUUCGACAAUCUUUUACUCUGCAACAAAAUCAACACCAGACAAGAAAACAGAGUCUCCAAUCGUUAAAGCUGGAACGAAGGCAUCCAUAACAAAAGGUGUUACUGUGCCAAGUUCCACUCUACUGAGUUCUACAAGAAUGGAACAAGACCAUACUACUAGGAAAACGGCUACAGAACAAUUGAAUAAUGUUGGCACUACACAAUCAGCUUUAACCGAAAGACGAACAACGACUGGAAAGUUAAACAGAACGGACGAGUUUAGAAGUUCUGAGAAAAGAGACAAACAGAGGAGUGGAAGUGCGCGGAUUCUGUACAUCACGGUUGGAGUGAUAGGGGGCGCCGCUGUAAUUGCUGUCUUUAUAGCACUAGUGGCCUGCUCGCGGGCGAAGAGGCCUAAGAGAACUGACCGAGUCAUGCUAAUGGAGGAAUUCAGCAUAGACAGCUCCCCUCUUCACAACAUGGGGGAGUUUAUAGAUGCAUCAGAUAAUCCUACAAAUGACAGUGUAACAGAGGACACCACAGGUCUACUAGAACAUGGCGGAGACAACCUGACAUAUCAAACGUGAUAGAAAGUGAAAAAUGUACAUAUACAGGUUAUAUCUUACUGUUGACAGUAUUCUUCUAAUAGUUACAACGCAUAUACUAUAUACUAACCUUUGGUGGCAGUGGUUUUGCCAAUAAAGGCUUUCUAAAGCUUGUUGUGUUGCCUGUUCUUUAUGAUACUGAAGAGUAAAGAAUGUAGACAAGAUAUUAAUCGUCAAGUAGCAAGAUGAAGAUGUCCACAAUACAGCGAUGCAGAAGUACGAUACAAAAGUAUCAUAUCCACACAGUACAUGUACAGUGUCGGAUAAGAACACAUUACUUCAUCGUAAAUCAUAUAUAAUUAUGUAAACAACUGAUGGAAGGCCGACACAUGUUAGGACUACAAUAAUACUAGUGUACGCUCAAACCGCCGACUGAAGUGUGCCGAUUUCGGAGGAAUGUACGCUCAAAACCGGAGGAACGUCCGCUCAC